AUGAGAGGUACCGUGCAAGUUUUCUUCGUGCUCCUCCUAGCAACUGUGUCCCACUGUGCAGUGAUCACAGGGGCCUGUGAACGAGAUGUCCAGUGUGGAGCUGGUACCUGCUGUGCUAUCAGCCUGUGGCUGCGGGGGCUGCGGUUGUGCACACCACUGGGUCGGGAAGGAGAGGAGUGCCACCCAGGAAGCCACAAGAUCCCCUUCUCUAGGAAACGCCAGCACCACACCUGUCCUUGCUCGCCCAGCCUCCUGUGCUCCAGGUUCCUGGACGGCAGGUACCGCUGCUCCCGGGACUUGAAGAACGCCAACUUUUAGUCUGUCUGGGCUCAGAAUCCCUAUUGGGUGACCUCUUCUGCAUUUCUUCUAUGUGAUUUAGUUCCCUGCGACUGCUCCAUUCCCCGCCCUGUCCACUGCAGGCACUUGAGCAGACGGGCACACCUUCUCCUACGGAAUAGUCCACGGGUGUGUUUGCAGAGGAGGCUGUGACCUUGAGAAGCUGGCCAGCCCCGCGAAGUUAUGAGGCUGCAUUCCUCCCAGUUGUCUGGCCUGUCCUGCAUGCACCUUCUUCCUAAAUCACAGCCUCCUGGGUACUGGCCCUUGGGGGCAUCACUAAGUCACAGGUCCUGUGGGGUUGUGGGCCAACAUGAGGAGUGUUCAUCUUUCUUUGACUGACUAGCUCCUUACUUUAGGACCAUAGGUACAAAGUCAGCUUUUCUCAGAGCAAGAAGACUUCAGGGUCUCUUUGAAGUUGGGGUGAGAGGCAGCUCAGAGGGUUCUGGGUAUGUGUGUGUUGGGGAUCUUCUAGGAAGAACUGGGACGGUGGGGGAAGCUCCC